AUUACGGCUUCUUCUACCCUUCCCUCCUCAUUUAAGAACCGUAAUGUCUUUACUCUUUAUCGACUCAUUCAUAGUUUGGCACCAACCAACCAAAAAAAACAAAAACCUUGCAUGAAACUGAUUCGAUCCACUGUUUGCCACCCGUACAACUGUACAUGUUCGAAUCUCAUACUUAUCCGACUGUCAUUUAAUUGGGUCAAAACCCAAACCACAAAAGCACCCCCCAUUUGGGUCGGGUCCAUUAACUACCCCUCCACCAAACCUUCCAAUCCCUUGAUCCCACCUCCUCUCAACCCCACCUCACCCACCACCAUCCACCACCACUAUUCACCGCCACCUCUCUUUUAUCCCAAUCUCUCUCCUCUCCUCUCCCCUCCCAUUCCCUCACAACAACCCAAAAUGUCCUCUCCUCCCCAACCUCAACCCCAAACACCACCCUCUCCCCCCACCCCCACCGCCGCCACCACAACCACCACCACCACCACCGAAACCCCAACCCCACCACCACCGCAACCCCCACCCAUCAUCCAAGCCCUCUCUUACUCCCCUCUCAAAAAACCCCAACCCAUCCCUUGGUCCCACGAAGAAACCCUCAACCUCAUCAAAGCCUACCAAGAAAAGUGGUACUCCCUCAAGCGCGGCCAAUUGAAAGCUUCCCAAUGGGAGGAAGUCGCAGUCACCGUCGCUGCCCGUUGCGGCCUCGACGACCCCUCUAAGUCCGGCACUCAGUGCCGCCACAAGAUCGAGAAGCUGAGGAAGCGUUACCGCGCCGAAAAGCAGAAACUUGCCCCCAAUUUCAAUUACCACAAUCAUCCUUGGAUCUAUUUCUCUCUCAUGGAUCAGCUCGAGCGCGGCCCUCUUCCCAUCUCCGCCGUCGCGCCACCAAACAACAACAACUACAAUAUCAACCAUAACAUUAACAACAACAACAACAAUGAUUUGAUCGACAGCGACGACGAAGAAGUUGGAGUCCGAUUUGCGAGUUUAGGGAAAUUGCGAGGCGAGAACAGCAAUUUGAGAGAUGGGUUUUUCAAAUCAGGGAAAUUUGGAAAUGGGUAUAGAAGAGGAAGUGAAUUUGAAGGUGGGAAUUUAAGGAACUUGAGGGAUUUGAAGAAGAGGAAGAGUUAUUGGGAAGGAGAUGAAGAUGAACAAUAUCAAGAACAAGAAGUUGGGUACGGAAUGGAGGAGGAGGAGGAAGAAGAGGAGAUUGUGGAGGAAAGAGAAAAAGGAGGUAAUUUGAUGGGUGAAUUGGCCGCUCAAAUGAGGGGAUUUGCUGAGAGUUUUGUGAGAAUUGAGAAGAAAAAAGUGGAAUUGAUGAGAGAGAAUCAAAGAUUAAGGAUUGAAAUGGAGAAUAAGAAAAAGGAAAUGGUCCUUGUUUAUCAACACAAAACUAUUGAAUUGAUUAACAAGGCUUUUCAUGAUGCUGUUUCUUCUGAAAAGAAGAUGAAGAUGAGUCCAGAUUUGUGAUCAACACAAGAGAUUCAAUCCUAUCCGGAGUUCUUUAUCACAUUACUGGUUCAAAUUACUAGCAAUGUGAUUAAUUUUUUUUCCUUAAUUGUGUUUUGGAAUAAAGAUUAGGGUGAGGGAUCUGCAUUUCAUUAGGGUAGUACUAUUUGAACGUAGAAGAAGAGCUACUUGAUGUAGUUUUGUAAUAUUAAGUAGGUGGUCAGACUUGUAUAAUACGAAGAAAGUAUUUCAUAGUGUUAAACAAAACUAUGAUUUACCAUUAAUGUAUGGGCAUUUGAUCGAGGAGCAAACUUCUUAAAACAUACAGAAUUACUGAGUAAUGUUGUUCACAUAA